AUGGCGGGUGGCAAGGCGAAUCACGUCAUCCGCAUCCUAUCCUCCAAGGAACGAAGCCUCUUCAAUGCAAUCAACAGCGAGGACAUUCAGGGCGCUAAGCAGCUCGUGGACGGCGAGGGAGUCGACGUCAACGUCCAGGACGUGUUCAAACGGACGCCGCUCAUGCGUGCCUGCAUCGUCGGUGGUUACGACGAGCGAACGGCGUUGGUUAAGAUACUCCUCAGGAGAGGUGCCGACGUCAACCUGACGGACAACCGCGGCCGGACGGCGUUGAUGAUCUUAUGCAAGGAAGGCCCGUUGACUAUACCGGUCAUGAAGAUGAUCUUGGACUCCCGCGACGUCGACCCGAACGUCAAGGACGACAGCGGCGACACGGCGCUGAUGCACGCCGUGCAGGGCGACAACGCCGACGCCGUGGGGACGCUCCUCACGUGGAAGUUCAACGACAACGUGCGGAUCGACGUCGCCAAGAGAAACGUCGACAACGAUAACCCGCUACUCCUCGCCGCCAAACAACAGAACGCCGAGAUUUGUGAACUGCUUGUGAAGAAAGGCCACGCGGAUCACACUAAUAUUCCGUUGUUUUUAAGAAAGUACCUCCCCCGUGAAUGCCGCGAGAUGCCGACCACGAAAGAAAAACAUGACCGGUUUGAGGAGUAUCGACAAAACGCGCAAGGCAUACCUACUUCUCCUUAUGGCCAAGACAGAUCAGAACCAAAUACUCAACAGGAGAAACAUGAACCCGAAAACGAAGAAACCAAAUCGCUGAAAAUCUCCAGGAAUACCGUCGUCGCUGUCAACGCUUUCGAGGAAGCGUUAAAGAGAGCCGCACUGCUACGUGCAGCACAAAAAGCCAAAACCGUAAAGUCUGGACAACCUAUUGAGCCCGCAGUGAAACCAAAAUCGCCAAAACCCCCGACUCCCAAGCCACCAACACCGAAACCACAGACACCCAAACCUGCAACCCCUAAACCCCCAACCCCUAAACCUCCAACGCCAAAACCGCCCACCCCAAAACCGGAAACACCCAAACCGCCAACUCCCAAGCCAGAAAGCCCGCCAAAACCUCAAACGCCGCCACCCUCAAAGACCAAUCGAUCAGACCAGGCCGAUCAAGACCUAGAAGCCAAACUUCCCCCUAAGAAUUCCAACUGGGCGGUGAUCCCCCGGACCGGGCUAGCUCAGCUUCAGACCCCACCCCCAGCCCGCCGCAACCAGUCCAAGAGGAACAGGGGAGACCUCCAGAAGUACAAGACCAAAUCUGGCCGGACUAUAUUCCCCAACGCACCCCAUGAUAAGAACUAUGACCAGAUCAACGCGAUACGGGAUGGUGGGGUUGAACCUAAGGGUAGAGGUAGCAAAGGCCCCUCCCUGCCGGCGAUCACCGAAGCCGCGGUUCGAAAACGCAAGACCAUUUCAACUACUUAGAUUGGACUGGCCCUUUUGAGAUAAUGGUGGACACUAUGAACGUGCACUGUUUGGUUUGAUUGUUAUACAGUCAAAAUAGUUUACCUAAACCUGAUAAUAAGUGUUAAAGUAUUGUGUACACCAAAUUAUUUUAAAACGGCUUAUUUGACUCUUGAUGAAACUAAAAGCGAGUUCAGUUGGAUAGACUUUGUUUUUAGUUUAUAUAUAUACUAAUCAAUAUUUUGUUUGAUAAAACACUGGUUGCAACAAAGUAAGCUUUAUGGAAUUCGGCUCUCUGGUGCUUAGCAACUUGUUAUGAUUACAGGCUCUAUGAAAUUGGGAACCAUAAACGGGGACCAGUGUUUUAAAUGUGAAUUGGCCAAGGAAGUUUAUAAACUAUCAAAAGCGAGUCAUGGAUGACGAAAAAGGCAGAAACCAAGUUCCAGAUUUUAAAAGGAGCAAUUGAAAUGAUGAUAAUUUCAAACGUUUUGUAAACUGGAGUUAUAGAUUUCAGUCCAAUUUUGAUAACGGAAAGCACCAGAGAAUAAAAAUUCAAAAAUCAAAUGAAUAAAAAACAAAGUAAACAUUGUAAAUAUUGUUAUAGCGUAUAUUCAUGCAGACAGUUUAUUGCAAAAAGUUAAAGUAAAAGCCGAAUUUGUUAACUAAAUUUAGCCGAAUAAACGCUUACUCCAUGCAUAAAAAGCUGUAAGUUUACUAAAAUCAAAAUAAUUUUGUAUCGGUAGGCUUUCUUCAAGUGACCGAAUCGUCAGUUUUGACGUCACUACAAGCAGGCUAUUUUACGGUAAAUCUCAAACAAGUGUUGACUUGUGCGUGUAUGCGUAUGCCAUCGGAAUUGCAUGAACACAUGCCUGGGGUUACACACGACCAUGUGAGGCAAUGGCCUUCGUUGCCCCUGGUCUUGGCCUUAUGUGCCCUUUCAAAAGUUUCCCAUGAGAAAAUGAUUAUGAUUUUCCCAAUACAGGUGCCCAUUGCAAAAUCAAAAUGGCCUUGCCCUUUUCGAGAUGAAAUUCCAGGGCUGUAACAGUCAAACACUAUGGUUAACGCCAACUAGUAAUUUCGAGAUUUAACGAUUCCCAGUUACUGCAUCCUUUAUCUUUUUAUGGUGGCUAGGCAGUUAUUAAUGGUUGGUGCAUAACAAUAAAUGUUGCUGACUCUGUUAAGAAACGAAGAGGAGGCAAUUAAGUCUGGAGGCGA